AUGGUCCACUUGUGCAGAACUCUUGCCAUUGCUGCAGCAGCAUGUAUCGGCUCUUGUGAUGCUUUUGCUAACCAACAGCAAAAGCAAUCCCUUCAUGGCCAACUAUACACACAACAAAAGAAAAAGGCACAGUACCAAGAAGACAAUGACUUUGCAUCAUCGUCGCCAUCGAUCGCCUCAAAUUCUCGAAGAGCGUGGAUUGCUGGUGGUCUCGCCGUUCUUUUGACUAGUCCAUCACCGGCAAAUGCGGUCCGAGCCAUUGGGGGAGCCGAGGAGGACUGCCGGGCGGCUGGUAACUGUCUGGAAAUUGGGGAGCUGGAUGGUGCCAUUGGAUGGACUUGGGGAGGCAAGGAUCGGUGCGAGGCUACGGACCCGAGAUGCGGUGCCAAUGGGCAGCUCAUGGAUAGUGUUCCUAGUGGAGCAGCUGUCCCAGAUACCAUGGGACUGAAGAUUACGGAUAUUGUGACUCUUGAAUUUUCGAUUGGAACUCGGAGUGAUGCCGAAAAGUUAACCAUCAAGCUGGGUCUCUACGGAGAGAAUAGCCAAGCUAGUGUGAAGCAAUUCCUGGACUUUAUUACAUCUGGCUUACGCACGACAAGUGACUUGAUAUUUGAGAAUGGAAUGGGAGUUGAAUCAGCACCUGUGGCGUUGAGCCGUGGCGGGAUCGUCGCACAAAUUGAACCUCAAAAGCGAUUGGAUAUCGGAAUUCCAUCUCAAGCGGCUGCAUAUGCUCGGUCAAAGGGAAAAAACAAAAUUGAUGACUUUUUGGCACAGCCAAGACCAAAGGCAAUUCUAGACGAAGAGGCUCUGCGUCCUCGCAAUGCUGCCGGCCUCGUGACGAUACCAGGAAAGGGAGUUGGCUAUGGUGGAACUACUUUGGAAUCUGAUGACGAAGCUUAUGAAUCCAGUUUCCAAAUCACCGCCGCGCCAUUUGAAGGCAAAGAUCGCGAUCCUUCACAGCAGCGAGUCAUUGGUCAGCUUAUUGACCAGGAGAGUAUGGCCAACUUGGCGCGGUUGGCCUCUUUGCCGACGAAGAAAGGAUUCAAAGGAGUUAUUCCCGGACAAAAUAGCGGACCUCCACUCUUGAAGGUAACACUUACAGGCAUUGAAGUGCAACCAGUAGCAGGGAGCAAUAGCUAA